AAAACAGAGGUCACCUUCUUUGUCUACAUGAAGCAUUGGAAUAAUCCAAUUUGAAAGCAAAUUAACAUGCAAGAAUCUCUCUAAUAAGUCAUAAAUUUCUAUAAAUAUUUCCAAUUAAACCAAAUGUAAGCAUUCAUCACAAACAACAAAUAAUUCUAUUAACAACAUCCUUAUCAACAAUAAGAAAUCAAGAUGAUGUCCAACACUUCUGAGCGCAAGUAUGAAGAUUUCGAGCCUGUUUCAGAUUUGUUAUCUGAAAAAGAAUGUGACACCUUACUUCUUUAUCUCCCAGGUUUUAGGAAGGAGCAACUGAAGGUUCAAUUAACAACAUCGCGAAUCCUAAAAAUAAGUGGAGAACGUCCAAUUGGUGACAACAAAUGGAAGCGUUUUCACAAGGAGUUUAACGUGCCAUCGAACAUUGAUUUGAAGGAUAUGACUGCUAAAUUUGAAGGAGGCAUACUUUACCUCAGGCAACCAAAGUUGAUCACACCAGCAACAACUGAACAGAAACAUGAUGAAGGGAAAACUGCUGCAGAAGCAGAACAUCCUGCACCACAGCCUCAACACGAAGCUCCUACAGAGGGAAAGACGAAGCAGAAAGACAAAGAUGAUAAUAUGGAGAAGAAAGAAAAAGAUGAGACCCCUGCCAAGGAUCACGAGGGAAGCAAAGUAAAACAAGAGUUAAAUGAGAUUCGUAAACAAGUUGGGGGUCGUAGUGAGCUUUUUAAGGAGCUAAGGAAGUCAGGAACACAGAAAAGGCUUGCUGUUUAUGUUAUUCUGAUUCUGGUUCUAGGCUUCCAAGCUAUCAAGAUGUUCAAAUCGUUCACCAAGGUUGAAGAGAAAAGUGUUAUGGAAUACGAUCAUCACGAACUCUAAGCUUCUAAAUCCCAAAAAACGAGAUGCAGCAGGAGUACUACUACUUCCAGAUGGACACAAAAAAGUUCAUUUAGUCCUGAAAUGCCAUCCUCUGACCUGUAUAUCACACUAGAUUUCAUCUGAAAUCGCUGACAAUUCUUACCCAACAUGCAAUUUCAAGCAAUAAAACAAUAACUGCUAUGUUUUUCUUGAUAAUGCCAGUUUGUUAUCCUCAUUAAUAAUAACUCAAGUUCUGAUUACUGUU